AGCUAUCUUGUACAAUCUGCCUCCUACGUUAUUUAUGCCCUUCGGGUAGGGGAAAGAUAAAGAAUGUAAAAGGAGUUGUACAAUGUUGUGAACCCCAAAACCCUAUUAAACCCAACUCGUGGGAAUUGACUUCAAUGGUACGCCCCUAAUUUGACAUUUUGUUAGGAGCUUACUACUUAGGUACAACUGAUUCCUCAACGACCAUAUGGUAGCACGGACAUCUCCGUUAUGUUGUUCCAAUGUCCUCUGUACAUAAUGUUUCAGAGCGAGCGAGCGAGAGACAGGAAAGUUCACCGACCAAAAAUUCCAGACAAAGAUAGUUAGUAGCUUUAGCUUUUAGAUAUAGAAAAAGUCUCAAAGGUAGAAGAAGAUUGUUCAAGAAUGGAGGCUUCGAGUAGUGCCACUAACAGUGCUAUUGGUAGUAACAGUAGCAUAGUGCCGAAUCAGAGAAAGGCAAAAGAGUUUCAGGGAUUCCGAAUAGAGAAUCCGUUUACUUUCAAAGUCGGUCAAGUAUUCACUGGCUUUGGCGUGGGCUGUGGUAUUGGUAUCGGCGCUGGCCGCCCCAUAAAUCUAGGUGCAUUACCAAUGCUUGGUCAAGUUAUGAGUGCCACUAGAGGGGCAACUGAUGCUUUUUCCGGUGUUAGCAGACAUGUGAAUGAAUCUCUAAGGAAGUUGGGAGCUAAGAAUAUUGAAGCAGGCGUCGGUUGUGGUGUUGGCUUCGGCCAUGGUUUCGGAGUUGGCCUUGCUGUCAAACCUGGAGUGUUGAAUCAAAUGCAAUCUUAUCUUGUACAAGCAAUGACAAAGAUGGUACUGAAGUUUGGAAUUGCUCCGAAUUUAUCCAUUGGACAAGGUGCCCUUCCAGUGUCUUUGCAGGGUGGCAUGAGCAUGAUGAAUCAGUCCUUAGGUCAAAACCCAAUGGGAAGUAUCAUGCAGCUGGGAGCCAAGGGACCUGAAGACACACGUCAAGGUCUGCCUGGAUAUGAAAAUAUAGGUUCAGGUUCAACUUAUGAGAGUUUUGCAUCAAAAGGCACUCCAACUGACUCAUCUUUCAGCAGUCGGACAGAAAAAGUUAUCAGCAGCUUUCUGCAGAACCCAGUUUUGAAAGGGGAAGACACUGAACUGAAUAACUUGGCUGGACGUUUGCGGUCAGAAAACAACGUGCUUCAAAUGGUACUGAAACACCAGCAAGUCAUUGAGGAGCUCAUGGAGGAAAAUGAAAAGCUUCGCCAGGUACUAAUGGAAGAUCUGAAAAUACCACCCAGCAAGUUUCAAGCUACUUAUUCAACUAGAAAUAAGUCUCUGUGCACUGAUUGCUUUGAUUGCCGAAGAAGGCAAAGAAAAAAAUAGAUUUGAAUGCGAUUUUAAGCGCUUUACCAUAGAACGAUAUACUUGGUUUACCUAAUAAUUUCAACUUAUACACUUAUCAAAAAAUG